CACGAUCCUGCCCGUGAGCAAUCUCCCAACUCAUCUCUGCUGAUACCAGCUGAAACGAAUUACGCGACAGGAAAGCUGUUGCCAUGAUUUUCUUGCCUCGUGGGAAAGCGGCAGCAAUACUUUUCACUCUAGUUUUCGUAUUUCUGUGUGAUGUCUGUGCAAAAGUUGAAGACGAUCCCUCGACCGAUCGUUACAUUAUCGAGGGAAAGGUUUUCCCCUGGGAAAACGGAGCCUCUCCCGGUUGGCAGGUUAUGACACACGUCAUGGCUAAUGGUGGAGAACGUUACGGAUUUCUCAAAGAAGAUGGCACGUUUGUUAUUUCAAAUGUUCCAUCGGGCUCGUAUAUCAUCGAAAUAGUUAAUCCAAAUUAUGCGUACGAGCCAGUAAGAGUGGAAAUUAAUUCUAAGGGUAAAUUCCGAGCUCGGAAACUGAACUUGGUUCAAACAUCGCAAGUGGUUCAGGUACCUUACCCUUUGAAGAUGAGGCCUUUUGCUCCGUUUAGAUAUUUCCAAGCCCGAGAGCAAUGGAGAGUGACGGACUUCUUAUUCAAUCCUAUGGUUCUCAUGAUGAUACUGCCAUUGCUACUGAUAAUGAUCUUACCAAAGGUGAUGAACGAUCCUGAAACUAGAAAGGAAAUGGAAGAGCUCAACAAUUUAACCCUAUACAAUAUGCCAGAGAUGUCCGAAAUGAUAACUUCGUUCCUUUCUGGCAGCGAGAAACAAAAGUCAAAAGCUAUUAAAGUUACAAAGAAGCGCCAGUAACGUCGGAUGAUUUAAAAAUGACCAAAACUGCACUCUUGGGGUUAAUGUUAAUCGCAAAGAUUGCAUUUGUCAAAGGUAAAAUCUUGCUAGUAUUAAAGUAUCAAUGGAAAACGAUGGAAUUACCUUCCUUGUGUCUACCUUGUAUAUAAUUAAUUAAUACUUUGAAUGAUUUGUCACACUCGGUGAGUCGAUAAAGGGACGUUAGUGUUAAUAUAUAAAAAAAUCCUGACAUUAAAAGAAGUCUACUCCUUUCUUA